CGCAAAAGCCGAUAUCGCCGGUGAACCUUUGCUUCGCCGGUAAACUAGAGAGAGAAAGAGAAAGUGAAAAAAUGGAAGAGUUCGAUGUGACAAAUAGAGGAAGAAGUAUAUCUACGUUUCUCUCUCCUCCCUUUUUCCCGUCCGCCAUCAUUUUCUACUUCUCCGAAAUCCUCCGUCACCGGGAAAAAUAAGUUAACCGGAACCGAAAAUGAGCGUCAUCGACAUUAUCUUCAGAGUCGAUACGAUAUGUAAGAAGUACGAAAAGUACGAUGUCGAGAAGCAUUCAGCUAAUGAUUCCCCCGGCGACGCCUUCGCUCGCCUUUAUUCGUCCUUCGAAUCUCAAAUUGACGCUACUUCUGAGAAAGCAGAGAUGGCUGCUAUGGAAACUAACAGAGCUAAAGCGGUGGCUAUGAAGGCGGAAGUACGACGAACAAAGGCUCGUUUAAUGGAUGAAAUCAAAAAAUUGCACAAACUUGCUCAGAAAAAGGUUAAAGGACUAUCCCAAGAGGAACUGGAGACUCGUGGUGAUUUGGUACAUAUGCUAUCGGAGAGAAUUCAGGCAAUACCUGAUGGAAGUAUAAAUGCAGCCAAAACAACAGGAGGUCGCGGGACUUCAUCAUUCAACAAAAAUAUAAAAUUUGACUCAGAGGGACAGUUCAACGAGGGUUUCUACGAGCAAACUGAAGAGGGCUCUCAUUUUAGAUCUGAGUAUGAGAUGCGGAAAAUGAAACAGGAUGAAGGAUUAGAUGUUAUUUCAGAAGGUCUGGACACACUGAAGAAUUUGGCUCGUGAUAUGAACGAGGAAUUGGAUAGGCAAGUUCCUUUGAUGGACGAAAUUGAUACAAAGGUGGAUAAGGCAACCACUGAUAUCAAAAACAAUAAUGUCAGACUCAAGGAUAACAUCAACAAGAUAAGGUCAAGCAAAAACAUCUUUAUCGAUAUAAUACUUAUCUGUAUCCUUCUGGGAAUUAUGGCCUAUCUUUACAACGUACUAAAGUAAAGUACCGGGACCUCGAGCUUCAUUUGAUCCUGACUGAUCUCCCACGGUCAGAUGUAAGAUUCAUCUACUCCCCGCGCUUAAUUCUAUACUGUACUAGCCUUGGGAGAUCCUAGAAAUCACAGUUAAGAUUGUAUAUUUUGGCUAAUUCACCUUUUUAUUGUCUUCUUAAUAUAAGAGUUUGUUUAUAGAAGCCUGUGUAGAAAUGAAUCAAUUUUAUCUACCAGCCAAUCCUUUUUACCAUAAAUUUUAGAGCAAGAAAGAAUAUUGAACAGAAACAGAUGGAGUGUUCAUUUUCUGGUGGGAGGGAGAGGGGAGCAUUCUAGCAGAGGCGGAGUCACAAUUUUAGCUACGGAUUGGGGAACCUAGCUAGUGGUUUUGGUUCCAAUUCUUUAUUUGUGAUAAAAUAAUUAUUUGAUAUGUAUAAAUAAUUUAUUCAACCAGUAAGCAAAAAGGAUUAUGGUUCAGAAUACAUAAAUUAAAAAUUCUGAAUCCGCUUCUAAAAUUUUUAUUUGUUUUCAUUUGUUCCUUAUUACUAAUAUAUAUGCAUACGGUUAUCGCACUAUUAAUAAUA